AUGACUUCGAAUGCCACUUAUAAAGUUGGAAUAUUAGGUGCAACAGGAACUCUUGGUCAAAGAUUUAUUAGUCUUUUAUCAACUCAUAAAACUUUUAUUAUUCAUUCCCUUGGUGCUUCUUCUCGUUCAGCGGGAAAAAAAUAUUCUAAAGCAACAAAAUGGAAAAUGACUACUCCCAUACCUUUAAAGGUUAAAGAUAUUAUUAUAAAAGUAUGUGAACCUGAACUAUUUGGUGAUUGUGAUAUUAUAUUUUCUGGGUUGGAUUCUGAUGUAGCUGGUGACAUUGAGAUGAAAUUUUUAAAAGCAGAUUUAGUGAUUUUCUCUAAUGCAAAGAAUUAUUGUAGAGAUCCUGUUGUACCAUUAAUAGUUCCCACUGUUAAUCCAUCUCAUCUUGGAUUAAUUCCUCAUCAAAGAAUGGUACAUUCUUUAAGCAAAGGCUUUCUGGUUACAAAUGCCAAUUGUUCAACAACUGGUCUUGUUGUUGCCUUAAAACCAUUACAAGAUGCAUUUGGACCAUUGGAAUCAGUUGUUGUGCAUACAAUGCAAGCAAUUUCUGGAGCAGGAUACCCUG